GUGCCGGCUUACCGGGGAACCCGGGCGUUGGCAACCCCGGUGCCAUGGGUCCGAUGAAUCCUGCAAUGGCAGGUGGUGGUGCCGGCCUUGGAACAGCCGCUGGAGGAGUUGUCGGGGGAAGUAGUGGUGGUGGUGGUGGUGGUGGUGGUGGUGGUGGUGGAGCCGGUGGUAAUGUAGCCGGUGGAGUGAUGGGUGGUGGUCAGCAGGGUGGCAUGGGUGCGGCUGGCAUGAUGGGUGUGCAGCAAGGUGGCCAGGGUCCACCGGGCGCCGCUGGAAUGAUGAAUCAGAACAACGCAGGCCUUAUGGGUUCAUCUGGUGCUUCAAUCAUGGGACAGUCCGGUGGUAGUAUGAUUCAGGCGAACAUGCUCAAUCAGCAGAACCCAGCACUGGUGGUCGGCCAAGGAAUGGGCAGUGGGGGUGGUGGUUCCGGUGGUGCAGGAGCCGGAGCUAGUGGAGGUACAGGAGGUAGCGGAAUCGGGGCUGGUAGUGGAAUGGUGACUGGUAAUGCCGGUAUGGGAGGUAAUGCGGGCGGAAUGGGCAGUAAUGCCAGUGGUAUGGGCGGUAAUGUUGGAGGCAUGGGUACCAGCGGCGGAAUGGUGACAUCUGGUGGUAUGGUUACCGGUGGAAUGGGCAAUUCAGGCAUCGGUUCGGCAACGGCGAUGGGCGGUGGUCAGGGGGCGAUGGGCAACAGCGGAAUGGCAAAUAACGCUGGUAUGGGCAAUCCGGGCAUGGCUAAUCCUGGAAUGGGCAUGGGUAAUAUGCAACAGCAGGGUGGCAACAUGCAGGGCGGAAUGUUCCAAGGCCAAAACGUACCUUACCAGAACGUAAACCAGAACUACCCUAACUACGGUAACCAGGGCAUGGGUCAGCAGGGUGGCCAAGGUGGCAUGAUGGGCAACUUCAAUCCAAUGGCCCAACAGCAGCGCAAUACCCAGGCCGAAUUCCUGGCACAACAGCGAGCACUUGCCGCUAGUCGAGGGCAGUACGGUCAGCAUGCACCGAAUGUCACGAUGGGCAACAUGGGCGUGAACCAGGGAGCAGUUCCACCAUAUCCGAGGCAAGGCGGUAAGCCAGGCGUUGGAGGAAAUAUCCCUCAGACUCAGCAGCAGUUCCAGCAGCAACAACGGUUGCGUUUGAUGAUGCAACAGCAGCAACAACAGCAGCAGUCAGGCAUGGGACAGGGUGGUAAUGCGCAGGGAUUGAUCCAAAAUCAGGGACAAGGCAUGAACACUCAGCAGACGCCCAACCUGGUGGCCCAGCUGCAACGCCAAAUGCCGAACCAGAACAACAUGAUGGGACAGCAAUACCCGCACCAACCACCGCAGUAUUAGGAAAGCAAGACGCGCCCCACCGGAAACCGCGCAUAAUCGCACCGAAUCACGAAAGACAGCAUAAAGUAUGUUAUAUUUAAAAUUGUAAUAUAUUUAUUACCAAUGUGACUUUGGAGCAGGAGGUAUACAUAAGGAGUAUAAGUAUGAAUACGCAAUAAAGAAAAACAAAUUAUGCAGUAAUUUAUGGGUUAACCACCU